AUGCUUAGGGGUUAUGAAACGGUUAUUAGAGUUUUGGCUAAAGGUAAAAAAGAUGUUAGAAUUAAAGAUCCAAAUAAAAUAUUAAUUUCUAGUGAAAUAGUCAAUCUUAGAUCUUAUGUGCCGUCAGAGUUUUGUAGGCUACUUAGAGUAUUAGAUGAUUUAGAAUACUGGAAAGCAACCGAGUUACGAUUUUUUUUUUUGUUGUAUUCUGGCUUAAUUGUAUUGAAAGGAAAGUUAAAUAAUCAAUUUUAUUCUCAUUUUAAAUUAUUAGUCAGCGCGUUACGGAUUCUUGUGUGCGAUAAUCUUGGUCAAAUACACAAACAAUUAGCAGAAACAUUUCUCAAAGAAUUUGUUUCACAGUAUUUGAUUCUAUAUGGUCCACAUAAUGUUUCAUAUAAUGUGCAUAAUUUAGUACAUCUUCCUAUGCUUGUGAAGAUGCAUGGUUCCCUGGAUAAUUUCAGUUGUUCCAAGUAUGAAAAUUAUCUUCAGAAAAUAAAAGUCUAUUAA